GCCUGGACAUCCACUUGAGUUAACCGCCCCGGGCUGGUUGACUCUAUCAGCCCCUUGCAGCUGCACCUACGGGGCAUCCCUGCUUGGUUGGCUGUGUGGGACACGCACACUCUCUCUCUUCCUUCUUGACGGAGGUUGACCCUCUCUGUCGUAUUUUCUUUUUCUGCCUUUUUUUCUCUCUCGCGUUCGUUUUGCCUUUCCGGGGGUGGUUCAUGUAUCAUGGCCGUUUCCGAUGAGGCAAGUUAAUUAGUAUGAAAACCACUCCAUGGCCUUCAUAUGAUGGCGUCUUGGCCUCAUUUCUCCCUCUUGCAAAUGCUCUUCUUCUCUUCUCUUCUCCUUUCCGGGUUUUACUCUUACUUCUUACUUCUCGUUCUCUCUCUACAUCUCUCUUUCUUUUCCAUAUACAUACUAAUAUUCUAUAUCUCUUUCCUUUAUUUAUACCACCUAUCUUCUCCACAGGGACCAUACUUUCUUUACUCCCUUUUUUUUCUUAAUCGUUUCAUAAUUCAACUGGGAUUCUGGACGCGUGGAGAGUAUUAAUACAUAUGGUAUAUACGAAGUACCUCGCAGCACUGAUUAAUGUGUGAGUAAUCGCAUCAGUGCUAGGUCCGGUGCAGCAAAAAGCCAACCCAUAUAUUUUUUUUUCCCAUCAGCCUCUUGGGUUAAUCAACAACUUACCAACUACAACCCCCAAAAUACGCCGGGCUGAUAGGACGUUUAUGCGGGCCGUGGAUGACUAUGCAGCGGAAUCUCUGGAGUUUGCAUCUGCGGUCACAUUAAGAUGCCAGGCUAUCCUGCUGUGCCGGUAGCAAACAGUUUGUUGACUUUCCUAUCCGCCGCCUCUGCCGCCGCAGCCACAAUUACUAGCAUCAUCACUACGACUAGGAGCUCGUCGUUAUCGUCAUCAUCACCUUCAGCCUUCUUUAACCUGGGCCAAAACCUGGAACUGGACCUUGACCGGAAGUAUAAGCAAGUGCAGGCACGUAAUCAAACACCAAAGUUACUCAGCAAAAAUGUACCAGCGUGUGCUCUGCCCUGUCUUGAGGCCUUCAUAUCAUCAGAGAAACCUUGGGAAGGAUGUUUAGAACCUCUCGAUGUCAACUGUCUUUGCAAAUCCAGGUCAACGACGGGAUACACUGUUGCGGAAGCCGCCUUGCGUUGCGUUGCUGAGAACUGCCCAAACUCAGAAGUAGAGCAGCACGCAGUCUACGCUAUAUGCUCUGGAGUUGAAGGUGCCCUGCCAAAUACCCAUCCUGUGAUAGGAAUAUCCUCAACUGCCGCUCCUAAACCAAGUUCAAUGACUCCUCAACCCCCAACCAUGACCUCCGCGGCACCCAAGGAGCCUGCUCCAGCUCCUCCAAAUCCGACUCCUCCAACUCCAGUACCAGCACCACCUCCGCCAGUAUCAGAUACAACCAUGUCCAUGAUGGCAACAUCGACACAAAUGUCUCUACCGCAAAUCACAACCUUACCCAUGACUUCAGUGACCCGAAGUGGUAUACCAGGUGUAGGCAUUCCGACGAACACAAUCGACUUCACCUUCGUCUACUCGUCAGAAACAGGGUCGGCAUCAGCUACUGGCGAUCCCGGCGCAGGAGGCCACUCGAACCAGCUAGUCGGCCUCUACGUCGGUGGCGGAAUUGCCAUGGCAUCUCUCAUUACACUUGUACUGUUCUUCAUCUUCCUCAGCAGGCGCAGACGGAGAGCCAAACAAGGGCAGGAGAGCGAAAAGGGACAGCAAGGACGAUAUCAUAAUAUCGACCGUGCCAUGAGUGAUUCGAGAACUACGCCUGCCUUGAGUCUAUCGAAAUCCUCUUCUAACAACAGGAGUAUAUCGUCUCGACCCCGGACAUUGCUACCUAUCGAUAUGAUGCCAUGCUCAGUUGCAUAUCUUCAUCGGUCCACUAGGGACUUGGAAAAUGAGUACGCAAGCUCUAGAGGACAUAGCGCGGCCUCCCAACGAACACAAUCCGACCUACUACCAGACAACGCUCACAACGGCAGUUAG